AUGGGUGCCUUUACCAAGCGAAAGCUCAGCAAUGCUCACCUUCCUGAGGAUGAGCGACCCCAGGUCGAGCUGGCGAACCAGCAGAGCAACGUCCCCGAUGAGCAAAAGGUUACGGCGCUGGCCGUCACCGCAGGCUUCACUGCCAGUCUUGGCGGUUUGAUCUUUGGCUACGUCAGUGGUGAAAUCUCUGGCUUCUUCCCCAUGACCGACUACUCUCGGCGAUUUGGCCAACGCAAUGACAACGGCCAAUACGAAUUCAGCGCGGCGAGACAGGGAACAAUAGUCGGCCUGGUCAGCAUUGGUGCACUUAUCGGUGCCCUAAUUGCCGGCAAGAUGGCCGACAUGCUUGGCCGCAGGCUUGCCAUUUCCAUCUCUGCAUUCUUCACCUGCAUUGGAACCGUGAUUGAGAUUUCCUCCAGCACCCACUGGGUGCAAUUCGCCAUCGGCCGACUUGUCACCGGCCUGAGCAUUGGCUCCCUGUCCGUCGUCGUGCCCAUGUACCAGUCCGAGUGCUCGCCUGCGCCGAUCCGUGGUAUCAUCGUCUCCUCGUACCAGCUCUUCAUUACUUUUGGCAUUUGGCUCGCCGAAAUGGUCAACUUUGGCACCAGCCGCAUCCACACCAGCAGUGCUUCGUGGCGCAUUCCCAACGGCCUGUCUUUUGCCUGGGCCCUGCUUCUCGGGACACUUAUUCUCUUCUUCCCCGAGUCGCCCCGAUACGCAUACGGCCACGGCCGCACCGAAGAGGCCCGCACCACAAUUGCUAAGCUCGCCGGCCUGCCGGAGCAUUCGGCGACUGUGGAUCACCAGAUCAACGACAUACAAAACAAAAUCAACGAAGAGAGUGAGCUGUCUAAGCAGUUCAGCUUCUCAGAGGUCUUUACUGGCCCGCGCAUGUUUUACCGCACGAUGCUGGGUAUUGUCCUCGGCUGUGGACAGCAACUCGUCGGCGUCAACUAUUUUUUCUAUUUUGGAACGACCGUGUUUAAGUCGACCGGCAUCGAAAACAGCUACAUCACGCAGCUCAUUCUCGGAUCAGUGAACGUCGUCGCUACUAUUGUAUCCCUUUGGGUCGUGGGCAAGUGGGGAAGACGUCCUAUUCUCAUGAUCGGCGCCGCGUGGAUGAUGAUGUGCUUCCUGAUCUACGCUUUUGUCGGACACUUUGCCAUCGAUCAGGCAAAUCCUCUAAAUACGCCUACCGCCGGUCGCGUUCUCAUCACCUUCUCUUGUCUUUCCAUUGUGGCUUUCGCCAUCUCCUGGGGCCCCCUCGUUUGGGCCGUCAACUCUGAAUUGUACCCUCUGCGCUACCGCAGUGUCUGCAUGGGCCUGGCUACUGCGUCGAACUGGUUCUGGAACUUCAUGCUGUCUUUCUUCACUCGCUUCAUCACUGACGAGAUUGACUACCUCUAUGGCCUUGUCUUUGCUGGAUGCUGUGGUGCCUUGGUUGUCAUUGUGUUUUUCUUCGUCAUUGAGUCCAAAGACCGCACUCUGGAGGAAGUUGACCUCAUGUACAUCCAACAUGUCAAUCCCAUCACUUCCGCCAAGUGGGACGGCAACAGUUACCGCAAGGAGGGUGGUCGUAGCACUGGCGUAGACGUUUCGUCUAGUGCUGAGGCGUAA